UUUUCUCUCUCUCUCUCUCUCAGUCACACAGAGUGGGAGGGAGCUUCCUCAGCCACAGACACACACACUCAGAGCAUAUGUGGAAGUGUGACAGAGCGGUCUGCGAGGAGAGAGGCGCAGUUUGUGUGUGUUCGUCUCCCACGAAACGACUUUCUUUAUUUCUUCCUCUCUCUUUGUGUCUCGUGCAGUUUUCCCAGGACGAACAUGUCGCACUAAGGACACUCGUGUUCUCCAUUGCGUGAUCUCCCCUCUGUGGAAGUCAUCCCUUGGUGUGAGCGCAGAAGAUGGGGGCAAAAAGGAGGCAAAGAAAAGCGACCGUUUGGUCCUCGGCUCCACUCCAGCUCGCGCUGCUGCUGCUCGCGCUCGUGCACGGCGCCAGCGGGAAGACUCUGAAAUACAAAGUUUACGAGGAGCAGAAAGUGGGCACAGUCAUCGCGCGGCUGAAGGAAGACGUGUCCGCGGUUCUGCCAAAGUUACCCAGCUCCCUGAGCUUUCGCUUCCGCGUGAUGCAGCUUCGCGGCACGCCGCUGCUGGCCGUGCGCGAGGACGACGGACAGAUCAGCAUCGGCACCAGGAUCGACCGCGAGAAGCUCUGCGAGAAAAACUCCAACUGCUCUAUUGAAUUCGACGUGGUCACGCUGCCCACGGAGUACCUGCAGCUGUUCCACGUGGAAGUGGAAGUCCUGGACAUCAACGACAACUCUCCGCACUUUGCUCGCGCCAUCGUCCCCAUUGAGAUCUCCGAGAGCGCGUCAGUGGGGACGCGCAUCCCGCUGGACGGCGCUGUGGAUGCGGACGUAGGGGAGAACUCUCUGCACACGUACUCCCUCACAGCCAACAACUUUUUUAAAAUCGACGUGAGGACCCGGACAGACGGGGCCAAGUACGCAGAGCUGGUGGUGAUGAGAGAACUGGACCGGGAGGUGCAGGCCAGUUACCAGUUGCAGCUAACGGCCUCAGAUAACGGGGUGCCCCCCAAGUCUGGCUCCACUCUGCUCAAGAUCAGUAUUUCGGAUUCCAACGACAACAGCCCGGCCUUUGACGAACAGGCUUAUGCCAUCAAUCUUCUAGAAAACUCUCCCCUUGGGACUCUGAUUAUUGAUUUAAACGCCACGGAUCCUGACGAGGGCACUAAUGGGAAAAUAGUUUACUCUUUCAGCAGUCAUGUCUCACCAAAGAUCCUGGAGACCUUUAAGAUCCACCCUGAAAACGGCCACAUUACUCUGAUUAAAAAGGUGGACUAUGAAACCGGUGCUUCCUACGAGCUGGAUGUUCAGGCUCAGGACUUGGGCCCUAAUUCCAUUCCUGGACUUUGCAAAAUCGUGGUCAAAGUUGUGGAUGUCAACGACAAUAAACCAGAGAUAAACAUUAACCUGAUGACACCUGGCAAAGAGGAGGUGGCCUACAUUUCUGAGGGGGCCCCUGUGGACACGUUCAUAGCUCUGGUGCGUGUUGAUGACAUUGAUGGAGGGCUCAACGGGGAGGUGGUGUGCAGGCUGCACGGCCAUGGCCACUUCAGGCUCCAGAAGACCCACGAGAAGAACUACAUGAUUCUCACUAAUGUCUCACUGGACCGUGAGAAGAGGUCAGAGUACAGUUUGACGGUCAUAGCUGAGGACAGGGGCUCCCCCAGCCUCUCCACCAUCAAACACUUUACCGUCCAGGUUCUGGAUGAAAAUGACAAUCCUCCAUGUUUUGAGAAGAGCCGCUACGAGGUCUUUAAGUCAGAGAACAACUCUCCUGGAGCCUACCUGAUGACAGUGGUGGCCUCAGAUCCAGAUUUGGGCACCAACGGUCAGGUCACUUACACCAUCAUAGACACGGUGGUACAAGACAGCCCCAUUUCCACCUACGUCACCAUCGACCCCUCUAAUGGUGCCAUCUAUGCACUGCGCAGCUUUGACCAUGAGGAUGUCAGCCGGAUCGCCUUCACUGUUCAGGCACGUGAUGGGGGAAACCCCGCGCAGUCGGCCAAUGCCUCCAUCCUGCUGACUGUUUUGGAUGAAAAUGACAACCCGCCCAUCAUUCACUCCCCCUCACUCCGGAAUCAUACCGCUGAGCUUCCCGCGUGGAAGUAUGCAUCCCCGGGUCAGCUGAUCACCACCCUUAAAGUCACAGACCGUGAUGCUGGUGCCAACGGAGAGGUGAGCUGCACCAUCAUCGGUGGCAAUGAGGAUGGGCUGUUUGUGAUGGAUGCCCGGCGCUGUGAGCUCAGAACCAAUGCCAGUCUGGAGCAGGCUCCGCGGGACAUAAUGGAGAUCAGGGUGGAAGUGCAGGACAGAGGCAUCAGCCCGCUGUCCACAGGAGCCCUCCUCAGGCUCUCUGUGCAGGAGAACAUGGACAUUCUCCCCUCUCUGUAUCCUACCGGCUCCACCCAGGCCUCACUGGAUCUCUCUCUCAUUGUCAUCAUUUCUCUGGGUGCAGUCUGUGCUCUGCUGCUCAUCGUGAUGCUGAUGUUUGCGACGGCCCGCUGCAGCCGUGAGAAGAAAGACCCCAGACACAACUACAACUGUCGCGUGGCGGAGAACAGCUACCAGAACCACCCUAAGAAGCCCGCCAGGCAAAUCCACAAGGCAGACAUCACCCUGGUCCCGACCGUCAAUGGAACUUUACCUGUGCGUGCACACCCGCGCUCCCCCUCUCCUUCCCCUACACCUGAGAGAGGCACGCUGGGGAGCAGGCAGAGCCAUCAUAGCCGCCAGUCACUGAACAGCCUCGUCACCAUCUCCUCCAAUCAUGUGCAAGAGAACUUUGCUCUGGAGCUGGCCCACGCCACUCCUCCUGUAGAGCAAGUCUCACAGCUUCUGUCCAUGCUUCAUCAGGGCCAGUACCAGCCACGGCCAAGCUUCAGAGGCAACAAAUACACCAGAAGCUACAGAUAUGCCCUGAAUGAGAUGGAUAAGUUCAGUCUGAAGGACAGCGGACGGGGAGACAGUGAGGCCGGGGACAGCGACUACGAGCCCGGCAGGGAGUCCCCCAUGGACAGGCUCCUCGGUGAGGGCUUUACUGAGAUAUAUGCCCCUGAUGGCCACCACAGAGCACAUGCAGCCAUGAGGCUUUGCACGGAUGAGUGCCGCGUUCUGGGUCACUCUGAUCAGUGUUGGAUGCCACCCCUGGCCUCCCCAGCCUCCUCUGACUACCGCAGCAAUCUCUACAUCCCCGGGGAAGAAGCCCGCCAAGCCAGUGACGUGUCUCAAGAAAAGAUUCCGCAGCCCUGCACUGAUACCGGCUCCGCCCGGAACCAGAGCUUCUCCACCUUUGGCAAGGACCUCGUUGGGGAGGACGGUGAAGACGAAGGGGGAGAAGGUGCCGGCAGCAACGAGGCCGCAGACGAAGACCUGUGUGGGACCACGUCUUUGCUUUCAGAGAUGAGCAGCGUGUUUCAGAGGUUAAUACCCCAGGGCCUGGACUCAUAUGUCCAGGUCAGUGAAAACCAGAAGGGGACUAGCCUGAGUGGGAUGGGCGUACCGAUGACUGGAUCUUUAGAUCGCAGGAGGGGCCAUUUGCCCGGCAAGCCCAGCCCCUCUGUACACCAACAGGGAGUGGCAGCCUGGGCUGCUAACACUCACUUCCAGAACCCAGGUAGUAGCAUAGGCCCAUCUGGCCACCACCAGGGCGGUAGCUACCACACGCUGAAACCAAGCACCAAGCUCAGCUCACAGAGCAGCAGCCACAAGGGCUCACAGGCGCCCAAAAACAGCCCCCAGAACAAGCCCCACAGCAGCCCUCUGCUUACAGCGCUGGUCAGCCCCACGCUGGUGCAGCCUCCCCCGGUGCCGGUGUCGGCGCCGCUCCCUGGGCCUUCCUCCAAGUGGCUGCCAGCCAUGGAGGAGAUCCCAGAGAACUACGAGGAGGACGAUUUUGACUCGGUGCUCGGUCACCUUCAGGGCAAACGUAGCGAUAGCCGGCAUGAAUUGGUGGACGCCAGUGAUUUGGUGGCUGAGAUCAACAAACUGUUACAGGAUGUUCGGCAGAGCUAGACUUCCUGUUUAUUCCCUGCCCCCUCAGUGCAGAAUGAAAGUGAGGGUGUGUUGGUGGCAAAAAAGACAGAAAAGGAAAUAACAAAGAAAAAAACAAGACCUGCAAGUGUCGUUAAAGUUGUGUUUCAGUUUUAAUAAUUGUGUUUUGUGAAUGCUAAAUAUCCAAAAAAAAAGGUACACAAUGUGACUGUAUUUAUCUUUGUAUUUUGAAAAUACAUUUGUAUACUUAUAUUUAUAAAAAAUGUAUAUAAUUGUAAUCAGAAGUCUAUUUUUAUAUUUUAAAUGCAUGUUGAGUACACGUUGAAUCAAGACUGACAUGCGAUUGACAUUCGACAUAUUUAAAUGGCUCUUUUGUAUUGUGAUUAUUUUUUAUUUGUCACUAUAAUAUGUAUUCAUUAAUAUAAUACUGAGUUAAUAGACACUUGUGUUUGUGGAUUAUUGGUGCAGGGGAAUGAAAAACAAAUAAAAUAAUGCACAAACCCGACUGAGGUGUCUGGGUCACAUUUUCUGUUGCACAGCAGGAAUUUUUAGAGCUCCGCUUUCUUCCCAGGAAGAUGAGGAUGAGCGGAAAUGGAACGGCUGCAGUCGACUGGAUCAACCAAACAUGCUGAUAGAAAACAAUGAAAUCCACUUUACUGUCAUUCCUUUCAAUAUGAGACGUAUUUCAGACUAGAUUUGAUUUGCUGUAAACGUCCUUCUGUCAGGAUUAUUUAUCAGUGCAGAUGACGACCCGGGUGAUCUGCAAACAACCCUUGUACACAACAUAUUCAUUUUCCUUUACAUGACAACACAACCUCUAAUAUAUAGAGUACUGUUCAAUAAUUUAAUCUUACCUGUGUUAUAUUUGAAACAGACUUCUGUGGGGUCCAUGUGGAUGCUGAGGUCACGUGAGUUGUGUCAAACAUUUAGCCGUAUUACCACCAUCUGCUUCGUUCAAGACUUUGUACACACCACACGUUAGCUACAGCUAUAAUUCACCCUCCAAAUUCUAUUUGCAAUCCAUUCUUCUUUCAUUCUUUAACCAAACAAUGCUGACCCAUCAAUCGAAUGGCAGUACAAAUCAGCAUGCUUAAUUGUUUAAAUGAAUACAUUUUUUCUUAUCUAUGUACAGUCACGUCAAGGUGCUUUAUACUGUAAACAUCAUACAACCUUAGAGUGACAUUUCAGCAAUCAAACAACAAGUAGUUGGCAACAGAAGGAAGGAAAAACUCCCUGAGCAGAACCAGACUCUGGGAGGGGUGAACAUCUCACCCUGGUUGGGGGGUGAGGAGAGGAAGAGAGGACAGAGAUGCUGUGGAAGAGAGGCAGA